GGUGUGCAAGCUCAAACUGUAGCCAACUUUUUCCUAGCAUUUGACAGAGAUUUACCAGUGAUACCUGUUCUCAACAAGAUUGAUCUUAAAGGUGCUCAACCAAAUGUUGUCAUGCAACAGCUUCAUAAACUGUUUGAUAUUCUACCCGAGGAUGUUUUACAGAUUUCAGCAAAGUUGGGUACUGGAAUUGAUGAAGUACUUCAGCAAAUUGUAGAAAGAAUUCCAUCACCUGUUGCAGAUGUUAAGAAACCAUUAAAAUGCUUGAUGUUUGAUUCAUGGUAUACACCAUAUAGAGGUGCUGUAGCAAGUAUAGCUGUACUAGAUGGAGUUGUCAAAAAAGGUGAUAAAAUCAUGACUCAUCACAAACAAAAGGUACAUGAGGUACAAGAGAUUGGUAUAAUGUAUCCAACAGAAUUCCCUACACAUGCCUUAUAUGCAGGACAGGUGGGCUAUAUCAUAGCAAAUAUGAAGAAUAUUAAAGAUGCUUUGGUUGGAGAAACAAUAUAUCACCAGAAUAAACCAACAGAACCCAUGCCAGGAUUUAAACCUGCCAAACCUAUGGUAAAAUAUUGUAACCUUACAUUUCCCCCAGGAAGACAGAUACCCUUUGUGUGUUUGAUAGCUUGUAAUUAA